AUGGAAGACGGCCACGCUAAAACCGUCGAACAAGCCUUGAACUUUUUUGGCACAGACUCUGAACGCGGACUUACUUUGGAACAAGUUAAAGCCAAUCAAAAAAAAUAUGGUCCAAAUGAGCUGCCUACGGAGGAAGGAAAAACUAUUUGGCAACUUGUUUUAGAACAAUUUGACGAUCUUCUUGUGAAAAUUCUGUUAUUGGCCGCUAUAAUUUCUUUUGUCUUAGCUUUAUUUGAAGAGCACGAGGAUACAUUCACAGCAUUUGUAGAACCUUUAGUUAUUCUUUUAAUUUUGAUAGCAAAUGCCGUCGUAGGUGUAUGGCAAGAACGAAAUGCUGAGUCUGCAAUCGAGGCCCUCAAAGAAUAUGAGCCAGAAAUGGGUAAAGUAGUUCGUCAAGAUAAAUCUGGAAUUCAGAAAAUUAGAGCGAAGGAAAUUGUUCCUGGAGAUAUAGUUGAAGUGUCCGUUGGAGAUAAAAUUCCUGCUGAUAUUCGACUAACUCAUAUCUACUCCACUACUUUACGAAUCGAUCAAUCAAUUUUGACUGGUGAAUCAGUGUCUGUUAUAAAACACACAGAUCCUAUUCCUGAUCCACGCGCCGUUAACCAGGAUAAAAAGAAUAUAUUAUUUUCGGGUACAAAUGUGGCAGCUGGUAAAGCUCGAGGCGUGGUCAUUGGUACGGGUUUAAAUACAGCGAUUGGCAAAAUUCGCACAGAAAUGUCAGAGACAGAGGAAAUUAAAACUCCGUUACAACAAAAAUUGGACGAAUUUGGCGAGCAGCUGUCAAAAGUGAUUUCUAUUAUUUGUGUUGCUGUUUGGGCAAUAAAUAUUGGUCAUUUCAAUGAUCCCGCUCAUGGCGGUUCAUGGAUAAAAGGUGCUAUAUACUACUUCAAGAUUGCUGUAGCAUUGGCUGUUGCUGCUAUUCCAGAGGGUUUACCAGCUGUAAUUACAACUUGUUUGGCAUUGGGAACCCGCCGGAUGGCGAAAAAAAAUGCUAUUGUUCGUUCAUUGCCAUCUGUUGAAACAUUAGGUUGUACAUCCGUGAUUUGCUCAGAUAAGACUGGCACCUUAACAACAAACCAAAUGUCGGUAUCAAGAAUGUUUAUUUUUGAAAAGGUUGAAGGUAGCGAUAGUAGCUUCCUAGAAUUUGAACUGACUGGAUCAACAUACGAACCUUUGGGUGAGCUCUUCUUGGGAGGCCAACGGGUAAAAGCUUCAGAAUAUGAAGCCCUUCAGGAGUUAGCUACUAUUUGUAUUAUGUGUAAUGAUUCCGCAAUCGAUUACAACGAGUUCAAACAAUGUUUCGAGAAGGUUGGUGAAGCCACAGAAACGGCUUUAAUUGUACUUGCUGAAAAAUUGAAUCCGUUCAGUGUCAAUAAGACUGGCCUCGAUCGUCGUUCCGCCGCUAUUGUUGUGCGUCAAGAAAUCGAAACGAAGUGGAAAAAGGAAUUCACUCUCGAGUUCUCCCGUGACCGUAAAUCAAUGUCUUCAUACUGUACACCACUGAAAGCAUCCCGAUUGGGAACUGGUCCAAAAUUAUUUGUAAAAGGUGCGCCCGAAGGUGUUUUGGAACGUUGUACACAUGCGCGUGUUGGAACAAGCAAAGUGCCACUGACUUCAACACUUAAGAGCAAAAUUUUGGCUUUGACUGGACAGUAUGGUACUGGACGAGAUACUUUGCGUUGUCUUGCUUUAGCUGUAGCGGAUAGUCCUAUGCGGCCAGAUGAAAUGGAUUUGGGAGAUUCCACCAAAUUCUAUCAAUAUGAAAUAAACUUAACAUUUGUUGGUGUUGUGGGUAUGUUGGAUCCUCCACGUAAAGAAGUUUUCGAUUCUAUUGUACGUUGCCGAGCAGCAGGCAUCCGAGUAAUUGUAAUCACUGGUGAUAACAAGGCAACCGCUGAAGCAAUUUGUCGUCGCAUCGGUGUUUUCGGUGAAGACGAAGACACUGCUAAUAAAUCAUAUUCCGGUCGUGAAUUUGAUGAUCUUUCACCCGCCGAGCAAAAAGCGGCUUGUGGCCGCGCCCGGCUCUUUUCUCGCGUAGAGCCACAACACAAGUCAAAAAUUGUUGAAUAUCUACAAAGCAUGAAUGAAAUUUCUGCUAUGACUGGUGAUGGUGUCAAUGAUGCCCCUGCUCUUAAGAAAGCUGAAAUUGGUAUUGCAAUGGGUUCAGGUACUGCUGUAGCGAAAUCGGCCGCCGAGAUGGUGUUGGCUGAUGAUAACUUCUCAUCCAUCGUAUCUGCUGUUGAAGAAGGUCGUGCUAUUUAUAAUAACAUGAAGCAAUUUAUUCGUUACCUUAUUUCUUCAAAUAUUGGCGAGGUUGUGUCUAUCUUCUUAACCGCUGCUUUAGGAUUACCCGAAGCUUUGAUUCCAGUACAACUAUUAUGGGUUAAUUUGGUAACAGACGGUCUUCCCGCAACUGCUCUCGGAUUCAAUCCCCCUGACUUGGAUAUUAUGGAGAAACCUCCACGCAAAGCCGACGAAGGUCUUAUUUCUGGAUGGUUGUUCUUCCGAUACAUGGCUAUUGGUGGUUAUGUUGGUGCUGCCACAGUUGGUGCUGCAGCUUGGUGGUUCAUCUUUGCUGAGACAGGCCCUCACUUAACCUACUGGCAACUGACACAUCAUUUGUCUUGUACUGGUACAGGAGAUGACUUUAAAGGAGUAGACUGUAAGAUAUUCAGUGAUCCCCAUGCAAUGACCAUGGCUUUAUCCGUGCUUGUUACAAUUGAAAUGUUGAACGCUAUGAACAGCCUUUCAGAAAAUCAGUCCCUUAUUACUAUGCCCCCAUGGUGCAAUAUGUGGCUAAUUGGUUCAAUGGCUCUUUCCUUCACACUUCAUUUUGUUAUCCUUUAUGUGGAAGUCCUUUCUACCGUUUUCCAAGUGACCCCAUUGUCAGGGGAAGAGUGGCUAACUGUGAUGAAAUUUUCAAUUCCUGUAGUUUUAUUAGAUGAAACGCUGAAGUUCGUUGCUAGAAAGAUUACUGACGGUGAGAGCCCAAUUCUAAAAAUGCAUGGGAUUGUUUUGAUGUGGGCCGUUUUCUUUGGCCUCUUGUAUGCAAUGACGCUUUAAAUAGUUGGUUUAAAUAACUUACAUACAUACAUAAUUCUAGAAAAAUUAGAUAAAAUAACUAUUUAAUUAAAAUUCUAUACUAAUUUCCAUAUGACAUAUACAUAUAUAUUUAAACUUUAAUGCUUUAGCAUUACGCUGCUGAAAUUAGGAGCUUGGAGAAUGUUAUUUUUAAUUAUUUUAAGGUAAUUAAACCAAUAACAAUAUAGUAAUGCCUACAGUGUUUACUAAUUUUUWAAGAUCAUUAGGGAAAAUACUCCAGAUUAAAUUGCAAUAAUUAAAUGUAUGACAAGUUCACAAAGUUACUUAGUUGGGAAACUGAUAAAUUGAGGCAAAAUAUUCUAAAAAAUUUCAAUAAAGCCAAAACCAGGAAUCUCCAAAUAUAAAGUUAUGAAAGUACAAAAUA